CGGGCUCGCGGCCGUGUGCGGCCGAGCAGCGCGGGUCCCGGGAGCGCGGCGGCGGCGGCGGCGGCGGCGGCGGCGGCGGCGCGGGGGCGGUGGGCGGCAUGAGCGGGACGGGGGCCGCGGGUCGGGCGCUGGCCGCGCUGCUGCUGGCCGCGUCCGUGCUGAGCGCCGCGCUGCUGGCCCCCGGCAGCUCCCCGACGCCAGACUUAGGGAAAAAAAGGCACUUGGAGCUGAAGAUGGACCAGGCUUUGCUGCUCAUCCAUAAUGAACUGCCUGGGACAAACCUGACCAUCUACUGGAAUUUCGAUCGCUGUUAUCAUUGCCUGCUCCAGGUCCUGGUUGACGUCUCCCAGAGCAGGAAACCCGGGGAGCCCAGCAUUGAGGCUGUGGCUGUGAGCACCCAGCAUGGAUCCAUCCUGCAGCUUAAUGACACUGCGGAGGAGAAGCAAGUUUGUAGGCUGGAAUACAAAUUUGGGGAAUUUGGAAACUAUUCUCUCUUGGUAAAGCACACCCACGAUGGAGUCAAUGAAAUUGCAUGUGACCUGGUCGUUAAUGAGAAGCCAGUUGACAGUAACCUUCCCGUGAGUAUCGCAUUCCUUGUCGGCCUGGUGCUCAUCAUUGUGGUGUCCUUUCUAAGGUUCGCGCUGAGCUUGGAAGACUUUCGUGAUUGGAUUUCUAAAGCCAUAAAUUCUCAGGAAACGGAUGGCCUCAUCAAUUCUGAGCUGGGGUCUCCGAGCAGGGCGGGUGACCCCCCACCAGAGACCUGGCGUCAGUCGGCGGCCCCCCUGCGCCUCCGCUGCGUGGACACGUUCCGCGGGAUCGCUCUCACCCUCAUGGUCUUUGUGAACUACGGAGGUGGGAGAUACUGGUACUUCAAGCACGCGAGUUGGAACGGACUGACGGUGGCUGACCUCGUGUUCCCGUGGUUUGUGUUUAUUAUGGGAUCUUCGAUCUUUCUGUCAAUGACUUCCGUUCUGCAGCGGGGAUGUUCAAAAUUCAGAUUGCUGGGGAAAAUUGCGUGGAGGAGUUUCCUGUUAAUCUGUAUAGGAAUUGUCAUUGUGAACCCCAAUUAUUGCCUUGGUCCACUGUCCUGGGAGAAGGUGCGGAUCCCCGGCGUGCUCCAGCGGCUCGGGGGCACCUACUUUGUGGUCGCCGUGUUGGAGCUGCUCUUUGCCAAGCCCGUGCCUGAGAUCUGCACCUCGGAGACAAGCUGCUUUUCUCUGCUGGACAUCACAUCCAGCUGGCCCCAGUGGCUCUUCAUCCUGAUGCUGGAAGGUGUUUGGCUGGCCUUGACCUUCUUCUUACCUGUUCCCGGAUGCCCUACCGGCUAUCUGGGCCCCGGGGGCCUCGGAGAUUGGGGCAAGUAUCCGAAUUGCACGGGAGGCGCUGCCGGCUACAUUGACCGCCUGCUCCUAGGAGACCAUCACCUUUACCAGCAUCCUUCCUCGGCUGUGCUUUAUCACACCGAGGUGGCCUACGACCCAGAAGGCAUCCUGGGGACCAUCAACUCCAUCGUGAUGGCAUUUUUAGGAGUUCAGGCAGGGAAAAUACUCCUGUAUUACAAGGAUCAGACUAAAGGCAUCCUGAUCAGAUUUGCUACCUGGGGUUGUUUCCUUGGGUUUAUUUCUGUUGCUUUGACAAAGGCUUCCGAAAAUGAAGGCUUUAUUCCAGUGAACAAAAACCUCUGGUCCAUCUCCUAUGUCACCACGCUGAGCUCCUUCGCCUUCUUCAUCCUGCUGGUCCUGUACCCCAUUGUGGACGUGAAGGGGCUGUGGACGGGAACCCCGUUCUUCUACCCUGGAAUGAACUCGAUCUUGGUGUACGUGGGCCACGAGGUCUUCGCCAACUACUUCCCCUUCCAGUGGAGGCUGGGGGACAACCAGUCACACAGGGAGCAUCUCGUUCAGAACAUAGUCGCCACUGCACUCUGGGUGCUCAUCGCUUACGUUCUCUAUAAGAAGAAGGUGUUUUGGAAAAUCUGAGUCCCCAGCUGAGAUGUGUUGCUAGCAGACAACAGGGCCUGGGGCAUCAUUAAAAGGAGCCAUUCGUUAUAAACCUGCGUAUUUGCAGGUUAUUGGGGGCGAUGCGGACGUGCUCAGGCUGGUUGAUUAUCGGACGUGGCUCAUCUGACUCUGUAUACGUGAGACUCAGACGUCUGAAACGUGAUUGUCUUUCCUCUCCAUCUUCUGUAGAAAUGGAUGCCUUUGCAACUUCAUUCUAAGGAUUUCUCCUCUAAUUUUUCACAAGGGAGUUAACCAGGCCAUUUUGCUUCUGUGACCACCUACGGUCUGACCUUAUGAUCUUUCCUGCAGACUGCCUUUCUGUGCUGGUCCACGCCGACCAAGAUACCACCGUUUCUGUUGUGUCUGACUGUGAAGCUUAUUGGGUAUAGUGUGUGGUAACAUAGUCUAACAUAUUUCGGUUACGUACAGUUUAGUAUUUCAAGAAAUUCCAAGUAAUCUCCUUUCAGAUCUGUAAGUAACUGGUGGGUCCAAAAAAAUGCCUUUCUAUCAGAAGCCAUUUUCUCCUUUUCCUCAUUUGAAAAACAAGUGAAACAGUAGGUGUGUUAUUCCCAGCCACCCUUGCAUAUACCUAUCUCUCUACCCACCCACCUCCUGCCUGCCUGUCUGUCUUUCUGUCUGUGUGUCUGGGUGGUAGCUGGUCCCCCAGGCCAUCCUCUGACUCUAGGAAGAGAGAGAAGCUCAUGGUCUCGGCCGGGCUCCUGCUGUGGCGUCUUUGCCGGGUCAGACGCGAGGCAGGUCCCCUCACAACGAGGGACACGGUGCUGCCCGCUCAGCUCCCCUCCAGCUCUGAGACCCAGUGGGGUGGGAGACAUCAGUGGCAUUUCUGAAAUCCUUAGAAAAAUAAUUUUGUUACAGAAAACUCUUCAAAAUAAAUGAGAAGUUUAAAAAACUCUCAUCAGAGUAACUCUUUUCAGAAUGACCCUCCACAGUGGAGGCAGCUUUCCUGCUUGGAAUCACCAAACUGCAGAAUUGUUUCUCAGGAGUGAAGGAGGAGAACACAGGGGACCAGCACCCCCGUUUUGCAGCAUCCUACUUAGGGAUUUCCUGUGAGAAUUCCAAACUGAAGGAAGAUGUGGCUAUAGGUGUACUUUGGAGCAUCCUUGCAUGGUGAGACGGGGUCACUUCGACCUGUCCCCUGAUGUCAGCUAUCACCCUGCUUGGAUAGUGAGUUUCCAGCUACCCCGUCUCUACCCGAACUCUCAUCCCAACUUGUACCCGUCCACCUGGGUGUCCGCCAGCAUUCAGGCUUCCCCCUCCACCCUCUCUUCUCAAACACAAGCCUUUCCGGCUUGGAUUGUCCCAGCUCUGCAGACAGGUGACCCUCUGUCUCUCGGAUAAAACUGUCUUUCACCCGCUUUACCUCCUCUGUCCCCCUUUCCCAUGUUUAGUCAUUGCCAAGUCGUCUCAGUUCUCACGGUCACUGCCUGUUACUCUUGCCCAGAUGCCAAGAGGAAUCAUUUUUCAACCGGCCUCCUUCCCUCAGUCCCUCCUUCUGUAAAGCCACUGUCCACUGCCCCAGAUUACACUUCAUAAACAGAGCUGACUCACAUCACCUCCUUAUAAGCACUUACACUGAAGUUCGAACAGCUUUGCUGGCAGGUAGAGCCGUCCUCCGUUGAGCCCAGCACACCUUCUCGGCUGUGUCCAGCCCCAUCAGCUGCCUCCUGCCCCUGAGUUUGAUUAGUCCCCUUAAUUUUCUCCCAUCGACCCUUGACCUAUCACAUUUGCCCCCUGCUUCUAAGGCACCUUCUCUAAUCUCUUAAUCUUGUCCCUAAGUAAUAUUUUCUUGCUCUGAGUUCUCGUAAUAUCUGAUUGGGCUCAAUCUUGUGGCACUUGUUGCUCUCUGCCUUGCAUGACAGUGAUUUGGGUACAUGACCAGUUUCCCACGCUGGCCUGUGAGCUUGUGGCGGAUAAGGCACAUUCUUCACGCACGCCACAGUGGCCCGUGCAGAGCAGGCACUAAAUAAACGUGUGAAAGCAAAAUGGGGUGGUGGGUUUGCUUUUCAUAGGUAAAAUUUCACGUGUAUCUGGAGCUAAUGUGUGUGUGUGCGUGUGUGCACGCGUGCGUGUGGGGAGAGCUGUCAUCUUUGAGGAAACCCCUCUCUUGCGGUGCACAUUUGUCAUCCCGAGUCUCAGCAGGUAAGGCUGAGCUGGGCCUCUCCAGAAGCAGUUUUCAAGUCGGGGUGUCCAUCGGUUAGGAUGUCUUGAGCCGGAUGGAGCAGGAACUCCCCAUCCAGCUGGGUUAUAAGCAGAGCAUCGCACAUAAGUGGUCCCACGGCGGGUGGGCUCCCGCUCAGGUCACUUCACGGCUGAGAUGCCCACCCCACUGCCAUCACGACAGACACACGCACUCGGCCAGCGCCACACGGGAGGGAGCGGGCAUCCCCUCUGUGCCUCAUAACGUUAUUGGCCGGAAAACGCUCCCCAAACUGUGCAAGACCAGCCGUGACGAGGGAGCUUGGGCUGGCCUGGCCCAGGGCUGAGCAGGGACAGCUGGCACCUCCCUGGGGAGGGCAGGGAGUGUGCAGGGUGAGUGGUGGAGUGAGACAUGGCAGCGGGGACAACCGUGUGCAGCGGUGGCUGCAGAAAACCCAUGUCACAGUGCAUCCUGUGGGGAAGUUGGGUGGAGUCCUUGUGUAACAAAGCAGAAAGUACUGUCCUGGAGUGGGGAUGUAAUAAUUUGACAUUGUUUAUUCAUUUUUUGCACUUAUAUUCCUAAUUCCGCUUUAUAAUUAGGUGAAUAAACUGCUGCUCUUACACUUGA